AUGAACGGAAACGUACAAAAGUUCAAAAUAGUUCUGUGUAGGAACAAACCGGGGAAACAACUAUACAGUAGUGAAGCCCUAAAACUUAAGAGAAAUCCCAACUUAGAAAAAUUAUACUCAGGGGAAAAACAGAAUUUGACAAAAGUCACAUUCAAGAAGGAGAAAAUUGAAGACAUCAUUAAAGAAGUGAAAUUUGAUUACUACUAUUUUAAUGAAGGGAAGAAAAACACGUAUAGAGACAUCCCCCUCAACAUUGCUGUCAUAAAGGAGUCGGAGUUGCCUGCCUUCAAGCAGGUUGAUGAGAAGUUACAUUUCUCAGUUUUGGAAAAUGACCUCAGGAUUAUUUCCACUAACAAGAACAACAGCGUUUGUUCAAUAGGGCUGUACGUGAAGUGCGGGUCCAGGUACGAAGAAAUAAACGACCAGGUGAACGAGCAGGGAAUGAGCGUGAUGCUCGAAAACAUGGCGUUCCACAGCACAGCGCACCUGUCCCACCUGAGGACGAUCAAAUCGCUGGAAAAAAUAGGGGCGAACGUAAGCUGCAACGCGUUUCGUGAGCACAUAGUGUACACCUGCGAAUGCUUGAAGGAGUACCUACCCGUAGUGACAAACUUACUAAUCGGAAACGUCUUAUUUCCUCGCUUCCUAUCAUGGGAAAUGAAAAAUAAUGUAAAUCGACUCAACACCAUGCGCACCAAGUUAUUUGAAAACAACGAACUGUACAUAACCGAACUUCUGCACAACACCGCAUGGUAUAAUAACACCUUAGGAAAUAAGCUGUAUGUGUGUGAAUCUAGUGUAGAGAAUUACACUGCCAGUAAUUUAAGAAAUUUUAUGCUCAAACAUUUUUCUCCAAAAAAUAUGACCCUAGUUGGUGUCAAUGUAGACCAUGAGGAAUUAACCAAAUGGACAUCAAGAGCAUUUCAAGAUUAUGUCUCCGUACCAUAUACAAGCCAGAAGGAAGUGACUCCAAAAUAUACAGGUGGAUUUGUAAGCGUAGAAGAUAAAAAUGUUAAAAAAACUAACAUUGCUAUAGCGUAUGAAACGAAAGGUGGUUGGAAGACAUCAGACAUGAUUACACUAACUGUGUUGCAAACCCUCAUGGGUGGAGGUGGUUCUUUUUCCACGGGAGGACCAGGAAAAGGAAUGUACUCUAGAUUAUUCCUAAAUGUUUUGAACAACUAUAAUUUUAUAGAAUCUUGUAUGGCCUUUAGUACACAACAUUCAGAUACGGGUUUGUUUGGACUAUACUUCACUGGGGAACCAGCCAACACGAUGGACAUAAUAAAUGCUAUGGCUUUGGAGUUUCAGAAAAUGAAUAAAGUUACCGAUGAAGAAUUAAAUAGAGCAAAGAAAAGUUUGAAAAGCUUUAUGUGGAUGAGCUUAGAGUAUAAGUCCAUACUAAUGGAAGACUUGGCUAGACAAAUGAUGAUUCUAAAUCGGGUUCUCUCUGGAAAACAGCUAUGUGAUGCUAUAGAUGCAGUAACGAAGGAAGACAUAAACCGGAUCGUAGGGCACUUUUUGAAAACCAAGCCAACGGUUGUUGUCUAUGGCAACAUUAACCAUUCUCCUCACUACGACGAAAUAUGCAAAAUUUUGGGCUAA